AGAGCACAGUUUUGCUCAAAAUCUUGCAAUGCACACAACAUUAAGAGGGACAUAGGCUAUCAGAGUUCAAAAAGGAGAAAUUCUUGGUGCGCAUGUAACUGUUGCAUCUUUGACAGAAACAGCAAGUCUUUGUGAUGUAUCAAGAGCUACGGUAUCCAGGAAUGCUUGCUUGGCAACAGGGAGGAAGUAGGGCGCGCUGACGCGAAAACACAGGGGCAGUCGCUGGAGGUGGAUAACAGCGCGAGCACACGCAAGGAGAGCAGUCGGAAGAGAAGAGAAGCGGUAGCAGCAGCACCAGUACAACAUGGAGGGAAGAGGAGACGUGAGCGGGGACGACAUCUCAUCGAAAAUAUCGAAAUCUGCGAGAAAAAUGUGGCCUUCGCAUCUAGACCUUCAUGCUAAACGUUUGAAACGAGCGAGGGUUCCACCAUGAUGGGUCACAUCACAGAAACCUGCGUUGAGUAGAAGAUUAAAACUGAAGCCACGUCGCCAAGACUGAAGCGGUAUCCAGUAUUGGCUUGAGGCUGUCAAAAGCGCUUUGGCUGACCAUGCAGUUAUGGGAGGACCAGGGCAAACCUGAAGACUGCUCUACCCCAUAGAUCCGGAGAUUCAUGAGGACACACCUGCUUUGUCAAGAAGGCUGCUUUUUUGUCUGAUGGUUGGAUUGUCUUUUUUUUUUUUUUUUUUUGUGCUUUUGCUUGUAAUUGUUGAUGUGGGCAAAUCAGUGAUAUUAUCAACCGUGCGAUUGUCAAGUGAAUGGAACAUUUGAACUGUUUUUGCUGUGUUCUUCAGCAUUACAUUGACAUUUGUAUUUCAUUUGUGGAUUGUUUUUUGUUGAUUUUCACUCAAGAAAAGCAAAAUUUAUUUGUCAAUUGAAAUUGCUUUUGUGGGUUUGAUAAAUAAAUAUUUUGUAUGAUGAAAAAGAAGAAAAACGACUUCCUCUCUUUUGAUGAAUAGGAAUUUUCCCUUUGGUUUGGGAGUUCAGCUAGCUUUGUUUUGUCAAUACAAUUAAGCUGUAUCUGCAAGACUGUUCGAUCUGAUAAUGUGCUGUUGUGAAUUGAAGUUUCCAAGAUGGCUGCGAAGGAUUUCUAAACUAAUAUGUUAAUAUAUACAAAUCGCGUAAAAUUACGUAUUUAAAACAAGUUCGACAGGCGGACAAAGAUGCGUCCGUUUAUGCACUCUGCCGCCCUGUGGACAAAGGAGGGAAUUACAAUUAGAGAAUGAGUUUCAGACAGACCGACGGACGGACAUAGCCUACCCUCUUAUAGAGAUGCUAGGACGUAUCUAAAAAUACAAAUGUUAUUGUAGCUGGUAAAGCUAUAUUAGCCAUUUUUGCAAAUGGGUUUGAAUUGCGUUUGCGUUAUAUCAAUUCAUUGAAGACCAACUUUACCAUUUUCUGCAUAGACCGUUAUGCAACAAAUGUUUUCUUAAAUUAUAUUCAAUAAAUUUAGUUGGAUACGACAAUAGUCAUGUGGUCACAUCUUUCAAAUUUGAAAUUCAGAGCAGAAAACCAGCACAUAUGCAUAAAAAGCCUGGUUACUUAUUUAUUGCUUACAGUUGCAAUACUAAAUCUUGUAAUGAGACCUAGGCCUGAAGUAAUUUGUACAUUAUGAAAUGGUGUCCAGAGCACCCCAACAGCAUAAAAUGGCUCCUGUUGUCUCAUUUCCUGUCUGCACAGGAAGUGAAGGCUCAAAAUAUAAAACAUUUCUCUGUAGUUUUUCAAUAAGACCCAGUCAUCUGAGCCAAAAAAAACAGUUAUUGCUGAAGUGCCAUUUAGCCAUGAGAGGGUUUACAUUAUUGGCAAUGAGAAAUUAAUGUCUGAAUCACUGUUUUAGUCCAAAUAAAAAGGGGAGGGUCUUCAGUACAUCACCUGAGUGCUGGGUAAAUGGGAAGAACGUCAAUCAAAAGCUAAGCUUUCAGAGCUGGGAAGGAGCUCUAGAUGGCGGAUGAGCCUUGGGAAGUGGAACACGUCGAGUGUCCGUGGGCUUUUUGCUGGCUCUCUUUUGAAACUUUACUAGGCUCUAGGCGUCUCAGAUUUGACGUUAAAUAUAAUAUACAAAGAUAAUUUGUAUCAUAGUGUUCAUAUUUUAUCGUAAAUUCCGUGGAUGUCGUCGAAAGGACCAGCGCUGCAGUGUGAGAGUGCGAGUCGUUGUUUUCCCUGCCUUGCUCUGGCAGCCAUGGCGCUCCUCCAUUUUUAGUGCGCUUCGGUAGUUGCCUCAGACACUCAACCAAGCUCUAUUGGAUCUUUCUUCGGACAGUAUUAUUUAUAUAUCGUAUAAGAAGAAGGAUUCAAUAUUUUAAAUCGACAGUUUUUGCGUUUUGGAUACGAAAGGAAUAAACGUCGUUUUUUGUUUGCACCAAUGUUACUUUACUACAACGUGACGCGUAUCGAUGUCUUUGAAUGGAAAUAGUAAAUACCUGGACAUAACACCAUCAUAACACUUUCCUAACCCUCAACGAUGAUGAAGAAUAAGCCUAAAAAGCAAGAGGAGGAAGGUUCAGCCCAAAGCAAUGCAUCCAGCAACUCUGCCUCUGAGGAGUCCAACCACUCUGCUUCAGAGUCGGGUAGCCAGUCGGAGAGUGAGCAGGGUAGCGAGCAUGGCAGCGAGAGACGAAGUGAGCGGGGAAGUGAGCGUCCUCGAUCGCACCACUCCGAGUCCAACAGCUCAGAGUCCAACGACUCCGACAGCCACUCGGCGUCGGGCAGCGACGGGUCAGCCGGCUCCAAAGACAAGCAAAAGUCAGACGAGGUCCAGAACAAACCUGCCGUACGAAAGAAGGACAAGCUGGCUGAUGUCAAGAAGAUGUGGGAGGAGCAUCCUGAUGUGUAUGGGGUGCGGCGCUCUAACCGCAGCAGGCAGGAGCCCUCACGUCUGAACAUUGGCGCCGAGGGCAGCAGUGAUUCGGAGAGUGAAGGAGUCAAAAGAAAAGGCCAUCAGAAAAAGAAAAAAAAUGCCAAGAAAAUUGAGUCUGAUGAUGAAGAUUUUGAGGAUGAGGAGGAGGAUGAGGAGGAGGCCAGCAGUUCAGAGAGUGAUGAGGAAGAGAAUAAAGUUAGAUCCAGACGACUUCCUGCGCGCAGGCCUCAGACCAAAAGCAGCUCGGCCAAGAAACAGGCUCCAAAGGGACGCAAGCAAAGGAAACCGGAGACCUCUGAUGAAGACGACGAUGAUGAUGACGACGACGACGACGAUGAUGAUGACGAUGAUGAUGACGAUGAUGAGGACACCCCAAAGAGACAAACCCGCCGAAGGGCAGUUACGAAAGUCAGUUAUAAGGAAGACCAAAACGACUUUGAGACGGACUCAGAUGACCUGAUCGAGAUGGCGGGGGAGGAGGCAGUGGAGCAGCAAGAUGAUGACAGCGAGACCAUCGAGAGGAUCAUGGACACCAGGACGGGCAAGAAAGGAGCCACCGGCUCCUCCACAACAAUGUAUGCCGUGGAGGAGAACGGGGACCCAGGGGCCGACUUUGACCCCGAGAAGGACGAAGGGGAGACGCAGUACCUGAUCAAGUGGAAGGGCUGGUCCUACAUACACAACACCUGGGAGAGCAUGGACACCCUGGUGGCUCAGAAGAUCAAAGGACUCAAGAAGCUCGACAACUUCAAGAAGAAGAACGACGAGCUUCAGUACUGGUUAAAUAAAGCUUCUCCAGAGGACCUGGAGUACUAUAACUGUCAGCAGGAGCUCACCACAGAGCUGCACAAGCAGUACCAGUUUGUGGAGAGAGUGAUUGCUACGAAAACGGGGAAGACACAGGGACCUUCAGACUUUCCCUCGCACAAGACCACGUCCAACGAGCCGGAGUACCUGUGUAAGUGGAUGGGGCUGCCCUACGCGGAGUGCAGCUGGGAGGACGGAGCCCUGGUGGGCAAGAAGUUCCAGCACUGCAUAGACAGCUUCAUCAGCAGGAACAGCAGCAAGACCAUCCCCUCCAAAGACUGCAAGGUGUUGAAGCAGAGGCCACGUUUCACGGCUCUGAAGAAGCAGCCAUCUUUCAUCGGCAGCGAGACCCUGCAGCUGAGGGACUACCAGCUGGACGGUGUCAACUGGCUGGCACACUCCUGGUGCAGAUGCAACAGUGUCAUCCUUGCCGAUGAGAUGGGUUUGGGCAAGACCAUCCAGACCAUCUCGUUCCUGUCCUACCUGUUCCACCAGCACCAGUUGUACGGGCCGUUCCUGGUGGUUGUGCCCCUCUCCACACUCACCUCCUGGCAGAGGGAGUUCGACACCUGGGCACCCGACAUGAACGUGGUGGUCUACCUGGGGGACGUCAUGAGCAGGAAAACGAUCCGAGACUAUGAAUGGAUUCACCAGCAGAGCAAAAGAAUCAAGUUCAAUGCACUUUUGACCACAUACGAGAUACUACUGAAAGACAAGGCCAUUCUGGGUAACAUCAACUGGGCGUUCCUGGGUGUGGACGAGGCGCACCGGCUGAAGAACGACGACUCUCUGCUCUACAAGACGCUGAUCGACUUCCGCUCCAACCACCGGCUGCUCAUCACGGGCACGCCGCUGCAGAACUCCCUGAAGGAGCUCUGGUCCCUGCUGCACUUCCUCAUGCCUGACAAGUUCGAGUCGUGGGAGGAUUUUGAGGAUGAACACGGCAAGGGGAGAGAGAACGGCUACCAGACCCUCCACAAGGUCCUGGAGCCCUUCCUGCUGCGCAGGGUGAAGAAGGACGUGGAGAAGUCUCUCCCAGCCAAGGUGGAGCAGAUCCUCAGGGUCGACAUGUCAGCACAGCAGAAACAGUUCUACAAGUGGAUCCUGACGAGGAACUACAGGGCGCUGACCAAAGGCAACAAGGGAAGCUCCUCAGGGUUCCUCAACAUCGUCAUGGAGCUCAAGAAGUGCUGUAACCAUGGUUACCUCAUCAAGCCACCAGAGGACGAAGAGGACUCACACGAGCGCCUCAAGGCCCUGGUCCGUGGCAGUGGUAAGCUGGUGCUGCUGGAUAAGCUUUUGACGCGUCUGCAUGAGCGGGGCAACCGCGUCCUGAUCUUCUCCCAGAUGGUGCGCAUGCUCGACAUCCUGGCGGACUACCUGGCCUUCAAACGCUACCCAUUCCAGCGUCUGGACGGUGGCAUAAAGGGGGAGAUUCGUAAGCAAGCACUGGACCACUUUAACGCUGAGGGAUCGGAGGACUUCUGUUUCCUGUUGUCGACGCGUGCAGGCGGUCUGGGUAUCAACCUGGCCUCGGCAGACACCGUGGUCAUCUUCGACUCGGACUGGAACCCCCAGAAUGACCUGCAGGCUCAGGCCAGGGCACACAGGAUCGGCCAGAAGAAACAGGUGAAUAUCUACCGGUUGGUGACCAAGGGAACAGUGGAGGAGGACAUUAUUGAGCGGGCCAAGAAGAAGAUGGUUCUGGACCAUCUGGUCAUCCAGAGAAUGGACACCACCGGACGAACUGUGCUGGACAACAGCACUGGAAACACAAACUCGAACCCAUUCAACAAAGAUGAGCUGACGGCCAUCUUGAAGUUUGGUGCAGAGGAGCUGUUUAAGGAGGCGGAGGGAGAGGAGUCGGAGCCACAGGAAAUGGACAUCGAUGAGAUCCUGCGUCUGGCUGAGACGCGAGAGAGUGACCAGGGGUCCAGCGCCACGGACGAGCUGCUCUCUCAAUUCAAGGUGGCCAACUUCACGAUGGACGAGAAUGUUCCGGAUCUGGACGAGCGCUUGGUGCGCGACUGGGACGACAUCAUCCCUGAGGACCAGAGGAAGAAGGUGGAGGAGCAGGAGAAGCAGAAGGAGAUGGAGGACAUCUACAUGCUCCCUCGCUCCCGCAGCUCCAACAAGAGGGCACGUGCCAACGACAGUGACAGCGAUGUGGGGGAUAAACUGAAGGGCUCGGGCUCGGACAGCGACUCGGACGACAGCGACGACGACAAGAGGCCCAAGAGGAGGGGGAGGCCGCGGGCACGCAAGAACAACGUGGAGGGCUUCACCGACGCAGAGAUACGCAGGUUCAUCAAAGCCUACAAGAAGUUUGGAGCACCUUUGGAGAGGCUAGAGGCGAUCGCUCGGGACUCUGAGCUGGUGGACAAGUCCGUAGCGGACCUGCAGCGUCUGGGCGAACUGGUCCACAACAGCUGUGUAGCCGCCGUGCAGGAACACGAAGAGCACCUCAAAGAAAACCCUGCUGAAGCUAAGGGCCCAGGUAAGAGGCGUGGCAUCAACAUCAAGAUCUCGGGUGUGCAAGUCAACGCCAAAUCCAUCAUACAGCACGAGGAGGAGUUCGAACCCCUACACAAGAUCAUACCAGCCAACCCUGCCGAGAGGAGCAAGUUCCAACUGACGUGCCGAGUGAAGAUCCCUCACUACGACCUCGACUGGGACAUCCAGGACGAUCAGCAGCUGUUGCUAGGCAUCUACGAGCACGGCUACGGGAACUGGGACCUGCUCAAGACCGACCCUGACCUCAAGCUCGCCGAUAAGAUCCUGCCUGACGACCCGAACAAGAAGCCCCAGGCCAAGCAGCUGCAGCUGAGGGCAGACUACCUGCUGAAGAUGCUCAAGAAGGAGCAGGACAGCAAGGACAUGGCCAAGGCUGGAGACGAGGUGGUAGUGAAGAAGCAGCGAAAGCCUCGGGUGAAGAAGGAGCCUAAGAUCCCCAAAGACGAGCUGUCCAACGACGUCUCCUCCCCACGCGUCUCCGAGAACCCCUCAGAGGAGGGGGAGGUCAAGGACGACGCGGCUGAUAAAUCGCCUGCCAAAAAGAGACAGAAGAAGAAGGACAACAAAGAGAACAAAGAGAAGCAGGGCACUCCUAAAAAAGCGAAAACUAAGGAGGACAAGGAGAAGGACAAGAAACGCUCCAAGCCCAAAAAGGAGAAGGCGAAGCCAGCAGCCAAGGGGAAGAAGACCCAGGGUCCAGUGCACAUCACAGCGGGUAAAGAACCCGUACCCAUUGGAGAAGAGGACGAUGAGCUGGAACCAGAAACCUUCAGCGUGUGUAAGGAGAAAAUGCGUCCGGUGAAGAAAGCUCUGAAGCAGCUGGAUAAGCCAGACGAGGACAUGAGUGUUCAGGAUCAGCUGCAGCACACGCGCACCUGCCUGCUGAAGAUCGGAGACCGCAUCACAGAGUGCCUGGAAACAUACAGCGACCCCGAACACGUCAAGACCUGGCGCAGGAACCUGUGGAUUUUUGUGUCCAAGUUCACAGAGUUUGGUGCUCGGAAGCUGCACAAGUUGUACAAGAUGGCGCAGAAGAAACGUUCCCAGGAGGAGGAGAAGGGGCAUCGUAAAAAGGAUGACUCUGAUAAGAAGAAGCCGUUCAGGCCGGAUGCCUCCAGCUCCAGCAGGGACUCCCCGGGCAAGCAGGCAUCCCAGAAGGGGCACCAGGGACCGGGCCACCACUCCCAGCGAUCUGGGCAUGGCGACCACCGUGACUCCUAUGGCCAGGGCAACAAGAGGCACUUCCCUGGAGACGACCGGGGAGACUGGAAGAGGGAGCGGGGAUAUGGUUACCAAGGCAACAGCAACCAGUCGUGGCAGGGGGAUCGCCACCACGGUGGUUACGAUCGCUACAAGGAGCAUCACUACGGUGACCGGCGUCCCCAUGGCGACUCAUACCGCAGCGGGGGCUACCGCAGCAGUGGCUCCCCCCGGAAGAGGUCUUACGAAGGAUACGGCAACGACCGAGACCACCGUGGACGAGACGGCCGAGACAACAGGGACAAUCGGGACAACUAUUAUGACAGACACGCGGACCCCAAGAGGAGACGCGGAGAUGACUUCCGCUCCUCUGGAGGAGGCUCUUAUGGAGGCGGUAGUGGAGGAGGAGGAGGAGGAGGAGGGGGAGGCGGCGGCAGCGGAGGAGGUGGAGGUGGAGGUGGCCACGGCUCGGACUUCAGGUGGUCGGAGCACCGCGGACCCCCAGGAAACCACGGCCCUAACCAGGGCCCCGAGGGCCACCACCGGCCCUCCCACGGGGACAAGCCUCCUCCCCUGCUGGACCCCCGCUCCCCCCAGGCCCAGAAGUCACCGCAAGACUCCCGCUCGCCCACCGAACGUGCCCCACCUCCUGCUGCCGCCGAGCGCCCCCCUCCUCCCACCACCACCACCCCCACCACCCCCACCCCCACUCCCACCCCCACCACAGCAGCAGAAGAGCCCAAACCCCCUGGUGACUCCACCUGGAACAGCAGGUAGAAGGAACGGGCUGAGGAGCGCCGGAUGGAAUCCCUCAGGCCCUGAGGGCAGCCAGGUGUGCUGGCCUGGACAGGUGAACUCGGGAGGGGAGUGGCUGGACAGGUGAGGGAUCUCAGGAGGAUGUUGAAUGGAUGAGGAAGCAGGGUAGUGGUGGUGGUGGUGGGUCGAUGAGUCCUGACCUGUGGUUCCUCACACUGCUUCCACAACAUCUCCAGCUUUGAACCAGUGCAGUCAGUGACUGCUUCUCUCCUCUAUUCAAAAGUAACAUACGCCGGAGGGUGGGAGGUGACCAUAAUGACAAGGCAUAGCCCCACCCCUGGUACAGAUAAACCCCCACCCACGUCUCCCUCUUUGGGGUGGAGGGAGAGUCAGAACACCUGACCUCCUCCCCAUGCCAGGAACUCCCCUUGAACCUGAGGACAGAGAUGACAAGACUCAUACUCGUACUGUUUGGUGUUGUGUUUCUAUGGAUUCAGUGAGCUGAAGACCGAGAGAUGUUUAAGUCCUAUGGACUGUUUCAAGGAACAAUCCUAACGCCUUUUUUUGACAAUUACAGUUUGAAUGACUCGUGUUUUUGAAGUGCCUGAUGCAGUUGGCCCUUUUUGUGAACGUAACCAGAGAAAAAGGGAUCAACAAGAACCCCUUCCCACACCCCCACCCCAUCCCCAAAGAGUAAAUCGUUUAUUUUUUGAUGAUUUGUCACUUUUUGGUUGUUUGGUAGUUCCUGUCAUUGUAUUUUUCUCCUUCUAAAAUAAGGACGUGUUAUUCUUAAAGCAAGAGUAGACUGUAUCACACAACCAACCAGACUGUGACAACAGCACCUUCAUGCCAUGUAAGCUUUAUGUUGACUAGCUCUGGUGAAACAGAUAAUGAAUGAUCAUCCCCGAUGACUCUCCUCUUCAGCUGCCACGUUCAGUGAAACCACACUGAAAUGACUUCCCAUUUUAGAUCCAGUAAUGUCACUUUAUAAUGCUUAUGAUGAUGAUGGUGAUGAUGAUGAAUAACCACUUCUGUAUUUUUUGACCUACAUCACUGAAUUGACCAGUGUGCUAAAUAGUAAUAAUCGUUAUAAUAAUAAUUAAUAAUGUACCAGUGAAAUGGUUACAGCCUUGAAUGCCCCCCAUCACUGAAUUGAUCUGUUAGAAAUGUACCAUUGUAAACGGCACCAGUCUACAAGCACACCACUUUUCAUACUUUUACCCAUCUCCAUGCUAGUAAUGGGCUUUAUGUACCAGUAUUCUUAUGGUCAGUCUGCCCCUGUACCGGGGGACUGAGAGAACACUAUGACGAAUAUGUAUGUAUGUAUGUAUGUAUGUAUGUAUGUAUGUAUGUUGAUCAUUGCCGUGUUUGGUGAGGAUGUACAUAUUGAGCCAUUUCAAAGCCACUCUAUAAAGGGUGUCUGAGUGGGCUCAUCAAGAAUAUGCCAUCUUUUUUCUGUCUGCGUCUGAUAUUGCACUACAAGUUCAGUACUCUACAAUGCCCCCAGUUUUGUUAUUUUGCUUAUUUUUUUAUUUUCUCCUCUCAAGUAUUGAGUGAAAUGGUGUCUCGCACUGAGCCCAUCUAACGGGUGUGUGCUUCAGUGUCUAUCUUGGAGAUCCAGGAAGGCAAACAGUAACAUAGCAAAAGGAAGUUAUCCAAGGAUGUGUUGAGACAGGUAUGCUGCCAAGAGCUUGGCAGGCUGGGCUGGACUUUCCAAUGCCGAGGGCUGUGUUCUUUUUGGCUCUCAGCUGGUCCCGACGUGGCCCAGAUCCGCUUUGCACCCCGUCUGUUUAAGUUGGCCGACAAGAUCGGCAGCCAAACUGACCAGGCCCAACCUACUUGAAGCUAAGAAUCAGGCGGGAAUAAAUGUAGUCUGUUUGUUUUUGUUUGUUUCGUCUUAGUUUUCCACCAUUCUCUCCAUGUGUGCCUUAAUCCGUACGUACAUUUCUCAUGAUUGAAUGGAUAUGGUGUUUGGGUGUUGAAUGGUUUGAACAUGGCCUAUUGUCAGUAUUAGGUGUUUGUUGCCUUGUUGUUUGCUACCACAGACACGAGAGGACCAGCGUCUGCUUGAAGAAGGGUGGGAACAAACCUGUGGGUUGCCUGGGCAACUGCAGUCUCGGGUGGGGUGGGGGUGGUCUGCAACAGUGUAGGUGUGCCUGUACGCUCUGGGUGUCUUGUUGUCAUACUCAUGUUGCAAGAGACCGUAGGGAGUCUUCCAUCAACCCAAGCCCAGCCCCACCCCCUCGAGCAGACCCGCCUCGCCCACCUCACAGCCCCCAUGGCUGAGUUCCGCUCAACAAGACAUGCCAACCAGAAUAAUUUAUAGACAAUGGGAAAAUACAAAUGCCACUGUUCACAGACUAUACUGUAUAUAUGUGUAUAGACCUGUAUGUAUUAAACUUUCCUACGUCAUGAAAA